GGGGGGUGGGGGGGGCGCGAGCGAGGAGAGCGAGACGCUUCGCCUGUGGGGCGCGCGCGGGCUUUUCCUCUCUUCUUGCCCGGCUGUCUUAAAAGAGACGCCGCUCUUGCCGAUUGCUUAGCCCGCUCCCUCCCUCCCUCCCUCCCUCCCUUUCUUCCUUCCUUCCUUCCUUCCUCGUUCUCUUCCCCCACCCCUUUCUCCCCUCUGCCUCGAUUUUUAUUGUGUUUUAUUCUUUCCGCCCGCUCUUCUUUUGGCUUCGCCCUUUUCUCGCAUGAAUCUCCUCGACCCUUUCGUGAAGAUGACCGAAGAGCAGGAAAAGUGUCUCUCCGGCGCUCCCAGCCCGACCAUGUCGGAGGAUUCCGCGGGGUCUCCCUGCCCUUCGGGCUCCGGCUCGGACACUGAGAACACGAGACCCCAAGAGAACACCUUCCCCAAGAGCGACCAGGACCUGAAGAAGGAGAGCGACGAGGACAAGUUCCCGGUGUGCAUCCGAGAAGCCGUCAGCCAGGUCCUCAAGGGCUACGACUGGACCCUGGUGCCCAUGCCCGUCCGGGUGAACGGAUCCAGUAAGAACAAGCCCCACGUCAAGCGCCCCAUGAACGCCUUUAUGGUGUGGGCUCAAGCGGCGCGGAGGAAGCUGGCCGACCAGUAUCCCCACCUGCACAACGCCGAGCUGAGCAAGACGCUGGGGAAGCUCUGGAGGUUAUUGAAUGAGAGUGAGAAGCGCCCAUUCGUGGAGGAGGCUGAACGCUUGAGAGUGCAACAUAAAAAAGACCAUCCAGACUACAAGUACCAGCCACGGAGGAGAAAGUCAGUAAAGAACGGACAGGCUGAGCAAGAGGAAGGAUCGGAGCAGACCCACAUCUCUCCGAAUGCUAUCUUCAAGGCCCUGCAGGCAGAUUCGCCCCAGUCUUCAUCCAGCAUGAGUGAAGUACAUUCACCUGGAGAGCAUUCUGGGCAAUCUCAAGGGCCACCUACUCCUCCUACCACUCCUAAAACAGAUGUCCAGCCUGGCAAGCAGGACCUGAAGCGUGAAGGUCGCCCUCUGCAAGAAGGAGCAAGACAGCCACCUCAUAUUGACUUCCGAGACGUGGACAUUGGGGAACUCAGCAGUGAUGUCAUCUCUAACAUUGAGACUUUUGAUGUUAAUGAGUUUGACCAGUAUCUCCCCCCCAAUGGCCACCCAGGAGUUCCGGUCACCCAUGGCCAGCCUGGCCAGGUCACCUACACAGGCAGCUACGGGAUCAGUAGCACCACAGCUACCCCAGCAGGCACUGGGCACGUCUGGAUGUCCAAGCAGCAGCAGCAGCCACCGCCUUCUCAGCAGCCACCUUCCCAAGCUCAGCCACAACCACCGCCGCCGCCGCAGCACACACUCACUACUCUGAGUAGUGAACCAGGCCAGCCUCAGCAGAGGACACACAUUAAGACCGAGCAGCUCAGUCCCAGCCAUUACACUGACCAACAGCAGCAUUCACCUCAGCAGAUCAGCUACAGUUCCUUCAAUCUCCAGCACUAUGGCUCUUCCUACCCGACCAUCACUCGCUCCCAGUAUGACUACACAGACCAUCAGAGCUCCAAUACCUACUACAGCCAUGCUGCCAGCCAGAGUUCCAGCCUUUAUUCUACAUUCACUUACAUGAACCCCACCCAGAGGCCCAUGUACACCCCAAUUGCAGACACUACGGGGGUACCUUCCAUUCCUCAAACCCAUAGCCCACAGCACUGGGAACAGCCAGUCUAUACACAGCUCACCAGACCAUAGAGUUCUGAAGGAUGGUGUCAAUUCCCCAGACUUACAAAUAUAUUUUUAAGCUAAAAGUGAAUGGAAGAGAGGAAAAAAAAUAUCCCAGAAUGCAUUGUGCACUACAGCACCCCUUCAAAACUGACCAGAUUAUUCUCAGUCAAGAAACAUUCCAUGGUGGACUUCCUUUGAUUUGAAGGCAGUUUUUUAUUUUUUUUCCGAACAGCCAUCUUAGCUUGCAUAGGUAUGAACUUGUUAAUUAUUUUUUUAACAAUAACUAAGAACAAAAAAAUGAAAAAAAUAUACACUCAAAAGUAUUCCUCUGUGAGGAAUACUCUCUAUUUUAAAUAUUUUCUAGUAUGUAUUGUGUAUGAUUUGUUACCGAUAUGAUGGAAUUUAUACGUACUUGUUUUUAGAGAAACUUUAAAAAACUUAUUUUUCCUUUUUGGGGGGUGGGGGGGUACAGUUGAACCACACUUAGCAAAAGAAUAUGCCUUAGCUUUUUUCCCUGCUGUCAGAGGUAUUUUUCUAUAGUUAACAGUCACUUUUAGAGACUAAAAUGUGUGCAUUAAAAAUCAAGGAAAAGGAAAUUUUGAGGAAAUGAAAGAAGUGCCCAUUAACAUGAUUGUGGGAAUUUGGAAAUAGACUUUUAUUUUUCUAGCAUGGAAAUGAAAUACAGGGAGAAAAAAAGAUUAAUAAAAAAGCAAGGAUACCUUGAGCCUUAAAAUAACACUAUCAGACGCCUUAAAGAAAAAUCCUGUGAAAUCUUCCAAAAGACUUGCACAAUUAUCUUCCGUCCUACCAAGGAAAAAUAUGGAACUCCCAAGAAGAGAGCUCAGUUUUACAUGAAGAUUUUUAAUUAAUAUUUUAUUUGCAACUACAAGCACCAAGUUAUAAAGCCAGAACCAGCAUUCUCUGCCUUGAUCCUUUUUCUUCAGCUUCCAACACCAGACCAACAUUUGUAAGACAAAUUGCGGUCACUCAAAAAACCAAGAGUCUUCCCUGUAAAUUGCAUGAAAAGCUAAAAUGCUUUAUUCCAUGAAGACAGCUUACAAAAGAAGAUGGGAAUGACACAGGGACACCAGCUUUAGCAAGGUUCAUGGAUGACAGUAGUAGGUGGUUUUUCUUCUUUUAAAAUUAUAUAUAUUUAUUUUGUGAAAAAGAUGUUUUUAAUCAAGAGGGUUGUUUUUUCCAAUUUCCCCCUUCCACAUUAGAAAUCUUUGUAAUGUAAACAGAAAUACCAGCAUCUUACUCAGAGGGUAUAUGGUGCCUAAUUGUUAAAUUAUGGUCUAAAUCAAUAACCCUUUAUUUAUCUCUCAGUCUUUGUUUUUGUAUUUUAUUAUUCCUUCGGAAUGUGUCUUAGGUUUGUACAAAUACCUGCUUCUGUUUGUCUUUCUAUCUUUUCUAUGCUUUGGUAAGAAUAAACUGGAAAGCUUU